CUUCAAUUUCAGGCUCGAGCAAGACUGAGAGGGGUAAGAAACGAAUUUAAUAAAGUCUGUGGCUUCAUUGAUGGCUGGAAUCUCUCUGAAAACUGUAAACUGAAGUUGGUUUUGGUCCCUGAAAAAGAAGAGCAGUAUCGACUGAGACCUUCAAGUGAAGUAGGCCAACAGGUGUGUUGUCCUUAAUAUACUAAUCGUUGGCAAAAAUAAUGACAACUUUGUGUAGGGCUAUAUACUUUGGUUGGCCAUAAACGAGGACCUUGAAAUGGGCUUGAUUUAAUACCUUUUUAUAACAAGAUAAUGUAAACUUAUCAUGGCAGUGUGUUAGAGAGUUGAACUUGUGAUCUGAUGGUCGCGGGCUUAAGUUCUCUACCCUUCUUCUUAAUGAAUUCAUUUUUGCGGCGUUUACACAGCCUGCCCGUUGGUCUGCUAUCAAUUAAAUGUAUGUAGACUAGGUGUUUUUCAUUCUUCAAGGGUCACAACGAAAAAUACUGAGUCACUAGUAUCUGUGCCACACUUAUCAUAAAGUUUUGUUACCGACAAAAGAUAUCUGGUGGAAUCUCCUUUUUAGGACCUUCCUUCUCCAUGGUGCCAACCAAAUGAAAUGUAGGUUUUGGAAAGAGAUUUCACAGUCGCCGUUAAUAUGUAAAUUUGAUUGUACGGAAAAAAUCUGGUCUAGAGACCCAAACCCUCAAAAUUCAUCGUUAUCCACCAUCAAACCGGCUCACGAAGAAGGCCUCCUUAAAAUAAUUUUCUCUCGAAAUAAUUCAAAAGAUCAAUGCAUUUUCUUUUCCAUUUUUUUUUUCGCUUUUUGAGAAUUGGCUCGAUUUAUAUACGUUCAAUGUUUUUGUCGAUAAGUCUCCGAUCAGCGCGAAAAAGGAAACCUAUAUACAGUCCAAAAAUAAUCCCCUGGUCUCGUCAGCGGUUUCCGUUUCUUAAUAUCAAGUGUUGCCUGAAAUCGUGAGGUGCUUCUCUUUUAAAGACGUCUUAUAUGUGGUGCUGAUGAUCAGCCUAAAAUUGGGGGAAAACGAAGCUAAUGAAGCUACAAAUCCUCAUUCAAAAACCUUUUUGACGUUAGUUAGAGUAUCAUCUAGUUUUUGGAAACAUGUCUUGUCCUGGUUGCGCGAUUAUAACAUCUCUGUUGAUAGCCUUGAAGAGGAAGAUGUCAUUUUUGUUAAGUUCGAUAUUGCAGAAUAUUUUCUCCUGUUUAACCAUAUUCUGCUUCUGGGUAAGUUUUAUAUUUACUCACGGAAAUACCGGAAUGGUAUACCUUCUCUUCAAGGUUUUAUAGCCAGGACAAGGCGUUUUUACAAUAUCGAACUCCAUAUUGCCGGGAAAGAGACAAAUUAGACAAUCAUUUUAGAAAGUGGGAAAAGUUAAUAAGCAUUUUUACGAAUAAGUAAAGUCAUGAUUAAUUUCCAUGAUUAGUUUUAAAGUGAUGCCAUGGUAACUUACAUACUAGGUAACUGUAUUGCUAUAAUAGCUUUGUGUGUGUGUUUAACUUGAUAUUCUUCUAUUUGUACUAUACAAGUGAGUGCAUGUGUGUGUCUUUUUCUCUCUUUUUUUCUUCUUUCUUAAUUUCUAUUUUGUAUGUGAACGUAAGAAAUGCUUUAUUAAAACAAAAAAAUAAAUUAAAAAAAAAAUCUUGGGCUCUUUUGUUAUCAGAAAUCUGUGAGCGACUCGCGUUAUCUGUCCAAACUUCAAGACGCUGUGUUGGAAUCACUCCGUAAGAUGAAACGCCAUGGAGAAGCAAAGAAUCCUUUAGAGGCUGAUAUCUGGUGUCAUUUUGGAUCGGCUGUGAUCCGCGGACCUAAUGAAGGUAAGUGACCGGCAUAUAUAUUUGCAUGUAUAUUUGCCUGUAUACCCAUAGAAAACUGAAACAUCUUCCCUUCCUGUGAACAAGCACCACACGGGGCAAAUUCUCGGAUUUGAAUUUGCUAAAGGCCUUUGGUUUGGAGGAAACAAUGAGAAUACUUUGAACGCAAAAAACAACGAAAAAGAUUUAAUUUUUCUAGCAUUAUAAAUAUUUUCUAUUCAGAGUUAAGUUUAACUAACAGCUGCUCGCUCCGUUUGAAGCCUUUACUUACCCGGCGCUUCGCGGUUAAAGUGAAAGAACUUUAGAAAUUAUCAACUGGAAUUCCCCAUAAGAAAAAGUUGGCAUUUUAUUUACUAGGAAAUUGUUGCUAAAAAAUAACGAAAAUCUACUGAAAAUCUUAUUUACACGAGAAGAAAAACCACUUACAAAGUAAAUGAACAUUCAAGAUUUCUGAGAAAUCAGUUUUCCUGUCUACGAUUUCAGCUUUCACUUGAUAGUUUUUGCCAAGUUUAAGCGUUUUAAGCACUUGUUUUACAUUUUAACGAGGACUCCAUAAAAGCACUUUAUUCAAACUGAGGCAAUAGAAAUAAAAUUGGUUCAAGGAAAACAGUGUGCCGCGAGUAGGCAAGCUAGCUGGACAGUAUUAGAAUCAGUACACACGGCUCUAUGUUGUUGUUUUCGAUUUUGCCGCUUUUGUCGUGGUGCAGGCUAAUAAUGUUAUUAACCGAAAUAAUCGAAAUAAAUUUUACCAGUUGAAACUGUACACCCGACCUUCAUUUCGAUGAAAAACUUUCAGAACUUUUCAAAGCUGCUUCCUAGGCUUGCAAACUUUUUAAAAACUUUCCGUACAGAUUAUCAGAUUGCAAUCGUAGUGGUAGGCCAAUUCUGGCCACAAAAAUAGCGUUUUCUCCAUCCAAGUUGAAGUAUUCUUCAGUAGCACCAUGUAGUUUGUGCCUUCAUCUCACAUAUCGCUUUUUCUCGAUGGUUUUCUUUACAAUUUCUGCCUAGUUUCUCCGUGUCAUUGCUUUCAUUCAGCCUUAAAUUAAUUACAGCUUCGCCUUUGUGGCCGAUAUUUCAUUCAGUUUCCGGUGCUUUAAUUGGUUUAUCGCACGUUCUGACGGUUUUCAUGAGAAUUAGCGACUAGAUCACAAAAUGAUAUUAAAUUUAUCAUUUUAUACUAUAAACUACAGUAUUCUACAAGGAUUUUCCAGCCCUUAGGAAAGCUGUGACAACACACGUGGAAAAAAAAAUAAAACGAUAUUUUUUUUACGCACGUUUGAUAUCGCCAAUCAGCUGCUGACACGUCUCUCGCCUUUCGGAAUUUUUCGGACUAUGGAUGCUAAAACACUGAAAAAUCCAUAUCGCUUACAAACAGUGACUUGCUUUAGUGAUGGCAUAUCUCGUGGCUGAGAACGAAAGUCAAUAACUAAAAGAUUUGCCACAGGCCGAUUUUGACCUUGUACCUGAGAGAAUUCUUCUGUCGGUAAGGACCAAUUUAAUAACUGAGAAUUUUGAAAACUAGGUCCGUUGUUUUUUUUUGUAGUGAUUCAAUGCAUGUUUUCAUCCUGAGUGCGCCAACGCACUUUACGAUUUUCAUUCAUUGAUUAAGUGGACUUCUCAUGUCAGUAAAGGGCUAUUGCGUUUAUGUGAUAAACAAAGUAAAACAUGGUUGCUUGUAGAAAUGAAAUUUCUCUUUCGUGUUCAACUUGACAUCUCACUAGGUAGUUUAGUGUUAACAACUGGGUUGAAAACGUAAAUUAGCCACCGUAAAGGGUAAAAAAGCUGACGUUUCGAGCGUUAGCCCUUCGUCAGAGCGAUGUGAUAAACAAAGUAAAACAUGAUUGCUUGUAGAAAUGAAAUUUUUCUUUCGUGUUCAACUUGACAUCUCACUAGGUAAUUUAGUGUUAACAACUGGGUUGAAAACGUAAAUUAGCCACCGUAAAGGGUAAAAAAGCUGACGUUUCGAGCGUUAGCCCUUCGUCCGUACCCUUUCGAUAACUUUACACUUUCAUUUCACUUUUGUUUAUGUUUUGCUCUUUUUUCCAUUGGUAUAUGAAGGUCACAUUGUAUUUCGUUUGGCAAUUGCAUAAUUCAGGGCGAUUUUGAGUAGAAAUUACAAGUAUGAUUUCAGACCAUAACUGCUCGACACAGAGUUUAAUUACCACUUUAUUACAUCUUCUUUAAAAUCGUCAAAAUUUGUUGCUAAAGUGCACGUUGUUUUAGUCUUAACAAAUCUUUAAUUGAUCUAGUUUUGAGCUGGUUUUUAAAAAGUUAAAAAGUUGUCUUUCACUUUCCUGCAGUUUGAUUGGUUUGUUGUGUUUUAGUUAAGUUAUAUCAUUGGCAGGGAAAAAGAUGCGAUUAAGAGCACGAAAUCGUGCGAUUCGUAAAUAAAUCGCACUGAUGAGAGCCAACCAGAUUUGCAAGGAUCACCAGUGAUUUCACUUGAAAUGGAUGUAAUAAAGUGUGAAAUUACCAUUAAGCGCUCAGCGCUAUAUAAGUAUUCAUUAUCAUCAUUCUUAACUUAUUAAAUGCAAUAUCUUCCCUUCCUCUUACACACUCAAGCAUUCAAAUCAAAGAUGUUCAAAUUUGUGAUUAUCAACAAUACAAACUAAGCUCAAAUAAAGUCUGUUUCCCAUCAGGAGAGUGGAGUAUAGAUGAUGCAACAACAAGGUUUGAAUAUUCUGCCGAUGGAAAUUAUUGGAAGGUUGCAUUUCAAGAAGGCGUGGAUUUCAUAGCAGAUUUAUUUCAGAAUUAUUUCUAUGAAAAUACGCCGAAAGAAUAUCGUAAUUACGCCGCAAGAUUUGACUUAGCAUUCGUUACUCCAUGCAGUCAUCAAUUGAGAUGCAAGGUAAGUCAGUUCAAGGGUCUGAUUACAUGGGCGGCGACUCGCCCAGUUUUUAACAACAGGCUUGGUUAAAUUUUCCACAAAGUCGGUGGCUUUUAUGAUACUAAAAGCAAUUCAUUACAGGACGAAAACUUUAAAAAUAAUGGCUGGUAAAUAAAGAAAUAAAAUUCGAAUGAACUAAGGUGUUCUUAUCGUUGUACAUUGUGGGCAGUUUCGAAGUUGUUUCUUUGCACAUCAAAAGAAAGCUAAACCAAACCGUAAGGGCCGGUUUCUUACAUAGGCCUAACCCAAACCGCAAUUUUACAGAGACAGUGGGCCUCAGGGAUUCUCCUCUGGAGGGAACGUUGAUUCCAUUGAAUAAUUGUCCUUUAACUAUUAGCUAUCGGCUCUCUUUACACUGUUCACAAAAGUAAAUGUUCAGAUAAAAGGAUCUUCUACAUUAAAGAUGGCUUGGAGUGCCGUUUUGUUAAACAACAGCUAAACCUUGUUAGCAUAACUGGCCUUAACAGUUUUGAAUAAGCACCGACUACACCAAGUUGCAUUGUGUCAAAACGAUAAAACUUUGGUUUAAGUAAGCUUAAUGCUAUUAUCAUAUAGCCAUUAAUGUUAAAUAUCUACUUAUCAAGCCACGGCAAAAACAAAACAGAGCAUUUCGAAUGGGAAAGCUGAAAGAAUUCAUUAUUAGUUGCAAUAAUUUUUUCUCAAAAGCUUAACAUGCAUUCUUUUCAGGUCUGGGUAGUGAAAAAGGAUGUUGAGGAGAAGUUUGAAAGAAUCCCAACCCCAGCCACUGACGUCAGAAAUAUCAUGGAGGAGAUUCACUUCACCGAUGAAUCCACUCGGUCACGAUGUGGAGGUUGGGUGGUUCUCCCAUCACGGAGAUAUUUACAAGCCGAUAUUUUGUUUCCCGGGUGCGAGUUUGAUUGCAGACUCAUAAUCAAUGAACAUGCAGGUAUUUUCGCUGUAAUUAGAAUAAAAAAAAUUUAAGUUUAUAGAUUACCUUCUACUUCAUCUCAAAUAUCUUGCAGUCUUGGAAUCCACACUGAAUCGAGAAAAAAUAAAGACUCCAAUUAAUCCAAGCUUUCCACAUUUUAAUUUAUUUUAUUGAACGUAAAUUUUCUUCAAUGACGUAUUUUAAAAAACGAAUAUGCAGUUUUUCUUUCCUCUCACCCGAUAUAUUGCGAGAUACAUUUUUGUAGUUCGCUUCUAUCACCACAAAAUUUAAUAUAUUACUACACUCUUUCCUCCCAAAUCAUUUUUUUGCCCUUAUUUAAGUACAUCAGUCAGGGUUUACGGAAUCGGAAUAAUCGUGGAAUCAUCAAUUCUGCGAUUUUGUUCGAAAAGGUCCCAAAAGAAGGCCUGCCAGAGGGAUAUAUAGUGGAGUGCAAUUUGGGCUGAAUCAUUCGCGUGAUUUUAGAAUUGAACGAGCGCGCAGCGCCAGUUUGAUUUGAAAUCACAAAUAUGAUUUCAGACCAAAAUUGCACGACACGAGGUUCAAUUACCACUUUAUUACAUCCAUUUUGAAAUCGUGCAAAUACAGGAUUUGGUCAGUUCAAAUAUUUAAUUGACGCAGUACUGAGCCGGUUUGAAAUUAAAUUCAUCCAUUUUUUGAGGGGAAAAGAUAAGAGUUUUUAAAACAAAAGUUGCCACGUUAAUAUGAAAGCGAUCUUCGCAGUAAUGAACACUACUUGAGCAGUAGAAGUCUUGAAAUCUGGUUGGUUGUUUUGUUUUUAGUGUAGCUUCCUCAAAGCAAAAAAUGGUGCGAUUCGUAAAUAAAUCGCACCAAUUAGAGCCAAUCAGAUUACAGGGACCACCAGUGAUUUCAAAAUGGUGAUUUUCAAAAUGGGUGUAAUAAAAAUGAUUAAUUAGCCUCUUGUAAAUUUCUUUCUCUGUAUAUAUUUGAUUAGGAAGGGCCAACAAGGUAGAUUAUGCGCCCGAUGAAGAGGUGAUACGUGUGUUGGCAAGAUAUCUUUGUGGGCUGACUUUUACAGAUGAUGACACGUUUGGCCUACGACUCCCUGAGAAGGAGAUUCCCAGGGGAUUUCAUCUGGUUCAUAUGCGGCUUUCCAAACGAAAUGUGUACACGUCUAAACCUGGUUUCAGUGUCAUCCUGUCGAAAGAAAAAUCUUGGACCGCUGAUAUGAAAGAUGGAACAUUCAGAGAAUCGGUAGAGACUUCAUUUUUCCCCGUAACUAAUGAUUUCCAUAAUUUUCGCCAUACUUUCUUGACUCACUCCUGAAAUAUUUUGAUAACUUUAAAACAGCGAUUAAAUGAAUUGUUUAACGAGAGUGGAUAUCCAUCAGAAUCAAAGAAACUGCGAAGAACCUUUGAGGUGGCGAAACCAUGUUCUUUUACUUUCAAGUACGGGCAAUUCUACAACUGAGCUUUGUAUAUAUGCACUGCAGAUUUUACUUUUAAGCCAUGUAAUGCUUUCAUGCUAUAUCAAUGAAUUCUGUUUUUUUGUCAAACUUCAGCACUCUUUUAAUAUAAAUUUACUCAGUUAUGUAGAAUGUAACUUUUCCAAAGUUUAGUUCUUAUGACAGUAUUCGAGUUGAUUUGAAGUUCAUUUAUCAUCAUCGUCGUAUAUUCCUUUCACUAACGUAGCUUGCUAUUCACUGAACACUAUAAAACAAGGCUAUUUAAACGGUUUCUCCUUCUGUCUACCCAUGACAAUCUGCGCCCUCAUACUCUAUUAAAGGCACUGCUUGGAAGAGUGCCAGGUUAUAUUAUGAUUUCUUUACACUUCGAUUUUCUCGCAGACUGAUGUACACCUACAUUGCGAAGAGUGGGACAGGCUACUCAGUGGUGGGCAGUGGCAACCAGAGAAUUUAGUGAGAAAGCUACCAGAGUUUCUCGAGUUUGUCAAGGAAGUUCAAUGCUUUGUUGUUGCCGCCUUAAAGAGUAAUGGAGUAGAAAGAAAAGGUAAAAUUGAUGAAAUGCCAUGGACUCCAAGGCAUGGGCGAUGGAAUCGUCAAAACUAAAUACAUUUCUUGCAUAAGUAACAGCCUAACUAUAUCGUUGGAAAGAAAGAAAUUCAUAUACAAAUCGCGAGAGUUUGCGUUGGUUGUAAUUUUGGCGUUGAUGUAAUUGUUCAGUAUGUCUAAAAUGAGGUGGAACUGAAACAGUUAACAAAGAGACUAUUGAAAGUUUGCUCAUGAGACAUAAACAUGCUUCGUUAUGAAGAAGAAUCACUGGUCAAUAGAAGAAUGAUAUUUAAACAAGAGGACUUUUUCCCAAGGCACUGCUCGCCAGAGAAUUUCGGGGGACGCAAAGUGAGCAUUGCAAUUGCAAUCAUAUUGUGAAAAAUUAAUUCAGUAUUUAUAAGAAUCAAGUAUACUUAACGUUAAUGAUAUCUAAAAUCUGCAAUAGACAGUGUAAAUCUCAACGUACAGGUAGGACAAAUCCAGAAAACUUUCUGUUUCCCAUAGGUACCACAUGUGUAUAUAACUGAACUGAAAACAUUCUUUUGAUGUAAAUUAAUGUUUUUUUUUUAAAAAAUUUCUUUCACUUCUUCUGAGCCCGGUUAUCCUUUACGGUUUUCAUUGAGUCUAUUUCUUUUUGUACCAAUUUGUUUUGUUUGUUCAUUUACUUAGUCAUAAAUAAGUACGAGUUAGUAUGACUUAGAAGAAGCCUAUCAUCUGAACCCGUUGUGGUUUCUCGUGGGCUUCUUUGCACUUUUAUUCCAUCGCUACUUACAUCACAAUUUCAUUGAUGGCUAUAAAAGUACACCUUGGAAAUAGAUUGUUUUAAUAAGUUGGCUGGUCCACAUUGCAUAAUUAAACUACGAGAAUCAUUUCUGUUUGUUGCAGUUCCUCCAUCGAUUCGUGCUCGAGGUCCUCAAGCUUUGGCAACCUAUUUAAAUGCCCUAGCCGAUGGUCAAGCUUGCGUCAAGAGAGUGCCUCUGAUGAUAGUUGGACAAGAUCGGUCUGGUAAAACCAGCGUGAAGAAGUCCUUGAGAGGGAUUUGCUUCAACCCAAACGAAGAUAGCACCCUGGGAAUUGAGGUCGAUCGUUAUCAGUUUAAAGUAACCACCGAAAUAUGGAAAACAGGAGAAAAAGACGAGGAGGCCAACAUUGAUACCACAGUUAUUUCAUUUGAGCAUAAUACAGCACGGUGGGUUGCAGACAAAUUGACGGUGCAUGAAAAAAUUGCUGAAGUCAAAAGAACAAGCUCAGCCGAGUCAGCUGGCUAUGAAGUAUCUGACACCCCAGUGAAAAGAGAACCCACUAAGACAAGUUACGCAGAUCUUCUAGAGCCAUCUAGAAAUCCAGCAUCAACCAAUACCACCGAUGAGGAACCUCAUUUACCAACGAAGGAAGUACGAAAUCCUACAGAAUUAGAACCAGAUGAAGAUUUGCUUACCACCACGCGGGAAAAAUUGCCGGAUUUCGACGAUGUUGCGAGGUUGCUUCCCACGCUCCUUCGAGACAACUGGGAAGACGAUAAAGAAGACAUCUAUUCCAUACUGUGGGACUUUGCUGGACAGUCGGUGUAUUACGUGACGCACCCCCUCUUUCUCACAAGAAGAGCCAUCUACUUUUUGGUUUAUGACUUGAGUAGAAAUCCAAGCGACAAAGCCACACCAUUGAUGAAGCAAGGAGUUUACAAAGCGUUCAAUGCAGAUGAAUACAAUCUGAAAACGAAUUUUGACUAUUUAGACUUCUGGAUGAGUUCUUUGGCUGCUUUAGCGGACCCUGAGAUGGUGUUGUCUUUCAAGAAAUUUCCCGCCGUCUUCCUGGUGUGCACACAUGCUGAUCAGCCCUAUUGCGCACGUGAUCCGGUUGAACUAGCCAAUGAAAUUUUUGGCGAUCUAAGGAUCAAGCCAUAUGGUGCUCACUUGUUUGAUGUUUUUUGUGUUGAUAACACUAAGUCAGGCACAAAAUCAGAAUGUGAAGAAAUCGUGCGCUUGCGAGAGGGCGUACAUGACGUUUCUAGAGAGUUACCACACGUAACCGAGGCUAUUCCGAUCAAGUGGUUGAAAUACGAAAAGGCCCUUCAAGCCCUCAAGGAAAGAGAUUACAAGUUUAUCCCUCUCGUGAGAGCGAAAGAGAUUGCUUCCAAAGUUUGUUACAUUAACUACAACGAGACACAGACAGUGCUAAACUUUUUGCACGAUCUGCGAGUUCUGAUUCACUUUGAUGACAGUCCAGAAUUAAGCGAGUUAGUUUUCUUGGAUAUUCAGUGGUUGAUUGAUGUGUUCAAGAAUGUAAUAACUGUCAGAGCCUUUCGUGAAGAGAAAAACUUUGCCCAUCUUUGGAAAAGACUCGAGAUCGAAGGAAUCCUGGAGGACGAACUUCUCAAACAUGUUUGGAAUUCUUUGAUUCCUCAGAGGGAAACCCACGAAAGUCUAAUUGCAAUUAUGGAAAAAUUCAGCUUGUUGUGUCCUUGGCCAUCAUCACAAGAUUUUCCCAAGAAGCGUUACAUAGUGCCUUCUAUGUUGCGAACGCCUCUACCCGAGGAGAUAUGUGAUCUCGUUGAAUCUGCAAAUAUACCUCCUCUUUUUAUCAAAUUUGACACAGGUCGGGUCCCUCUAGGCUUAUUUCCCCGAUUUGUAAUAGAAUUCCUUCUGAAGUGUGACAGAGAAUUUCCUCGCUUAGCUCUGCCACAACUUUAUAACAAUUUUGCCAGAUUUAACAACUUUCCGAAGCAAGGUCUCUCUGUGGUUCUCCUUUGCCACUCUUCCACAAUCGAGGUUGUUCUUGUCAGUGCUAAUGGUGGUAUUGAUAUGGUGAAUAUGGCCUCAAUUCAAUCCUUUCGCAGCCAACUAACUUCGAUCAUUAAUCAAGUUCGGGACAAGUGCUUCUGGGUGAAGAACGUUGGGUGUGAUGUGUGUUUCUUAUGUCCUGUUUGUUCCCGUGGACGCGUGAUCAGUCUGUGUAAACUCCAUCACAAAAGAGGUUGUAAGGAAGAGGAAUGCCUUCACUUCAUUUCAGAGUUAGAUUUGGGCGAUGAAACGCAGGCCAUUUGCACCAAGUCUGUAGGCGCUGCGAAUAACCAAAUUCAGGUCGAGAAAUUCUAUCCAUGGAUUUCCUGUGCUGAACAAAAGGUAAAAAAGCGAUACCAAAAAGUCGGGCUUCCAUGGGAUUCGAGCCCGUGCACUGGUCGAAGCCUGAAUUUUUUCACACUUCUUAUCUGCAGUUGCUAAAAUUAUCCCUCAAUUGAUCAAGAUAUGGUAUACAGGAUGACGUGCGUUUUCAAAUAUAAGUAAAAGAAUUUCUAAUAAGACAGAAUUGUUUUUUUAAUUUUAUACUUUUUUUUCAAUUUUUCCCUGGUAAAGUGUUGAUCAAGAUAAAUUUAAACGACUGCAUCCAUUUUUUUUUAAAAUGUAAUUACCAUAAUCUUAUCUGACCCUUUUUUCUUCAGGGUUUGUCCUCUUCAAAUGUAGCGGCUAGAUCACAUGGUGAAGCAAGUCAAAUCAGUCCAAUGAAGUCUGCCACAGCAUUGAAGGUGACUCUCCUGGGCAGUGAGUGGAGUUCGUCGAUGGGGGGCUUGUCCACCAUCAACAGACAGCUUGCCAUUCUGUUGGCCAAGCACUCUGAAGUGGAUGUUACUCUCCUUGUUCCACAAUCUGCCUGUUCUGAAGACGAGAAGAGAAUGGCAUCAUGUCACAAUGUUUCCAUCCGGGAAGCCAAGAAACUGGUAGGCUUCAGUGAUCCUCUUGAUUGGUUGAGUUUCCCACCAAGAGACCUUGUCAUUGACUUUGUGCUGGGUCAUGGUGCAAAGCUUGGUAAGCAAGCCCAAGUUAUCAGAGAUUCUCACAAUUGUAAGUGGAUUCAGGUGGUGCACACUGCACCCGAAGAACUUGCAAUGCACAAAAACUAUCCUAAGGCUAUUUCUAUAGGUGAAAAGAAGAAUUUAAUUGAAGUGGGGUUGUGUAAGUUGGCAGAUGCUGUGCUAGCAGUUGGACCAAAGCUAACAGACACAUUCUCCGCUCAGCUCCGCUCAGGCAAGAGUCAGGAAGACAUCCUUCAACUGACUCCUGGAACUUUCCGUGAGUUCUAUGACGUAAAACAAGCUCCAAAGGAGAGCAACAAGUUCAAGGUACUGACGUUCGGCCGUGGUGAUCCAGAGGACUUUAGUCUUAAAGGCUACGAUAUCUCUGCCAGAGCAAUAGUUGGACUAAAAGACAGGUCUUACUGUCUCGUAUUCGUGGGUGCACCUGACGGUAAACACGAUGAAGUUGCAGCGAAUUUGCUAAAGAGUGGAAUUGAUAAAAGCCAGCUGAUCGUGAGGAAGUUCUUGCACAGCAAAGAGAGAUUGAAAGAAUUAUUUUGUGAAGUUGAUCUCUGCAUCAUGCCCUCCAGAACAGAGGGUUUUGGUUUGACCGCCUUAGAGGCGUUGUCUGCUGGUCUUCCCAUUCUUGUUAGUGGAAACUCAGGAUUUGGUGAAGCACUGUGCACUGUACCAUCAGGCAAAUCAUUCGUGGUGGAGUCUGAGGACCCUGGAGAUUGGGCAAAGGCAAUUGCUGGCAUCCGACAGAAGGAAAGAUCAGAUCGACUAAAAGAUAUUCAACAAUUAAGGAGUUUCUAUGAAGAGAAGUUUAGCUGGGAGAAACAGUGUGACAUUCUUGUGGAGAAGUUUUGGGUGAGAAUAUCCUUCACAAAGUGUUUAGGGGACUACUCGGCUUACUCGGUCUCUCAUUAA